CACCAACAUACAAGGCGUACGCUGUCAUGCUUGGAGGCACACGCUCUACGGGCCACAGGCAGUAUAUCCGGCGUCGAGGGCAGAAGCACGAGAUAUCGAACCGGGGCAACGGCUCGGUGGCGUCGGUGAGGUUGUUGGUGCUGUGUGCGGCCCUGGCAUCAGCAAUAGGUGGCGGUGGGCAAGGGCGAGUCACGGCGAUCAGCAGCGGUCACAGACCGGGCUUUCUGGGCCUGGGCUUUGGGAGGGAGAAGGCCUCAGCUGUUCCUGAGCCGCUAUCCCUGGGAGACAGGGUUCGGAGGUUCGGGGAGCGUGUUCGUACAGGAGGUGAUACCGGGUUGGCAACAGGUAACGGUGGUGGUAGCGCUAACGGUGGAGCGAAAGCUGGAGCUAAAGCGAUGGCAGCCGCUCAAGUUCGAAGCGAGGGCCAACAGACGCCGACAGACAGAUCCAAUGGGAGAAAUAGCUUCAUUGCGGGAGGCCUAGCGGGCUCUAUUUCCACGACAAUCACCUGCCCGAUAGAGGCGACACAUGUGGUGAAGACUCAGCUCCAAGGGUCGGCCGUGAAGCACGGCAGCAACGCUUUCUCGAUUGCCAGCUCCAUCUUCAAGAGCGAUGGGCCGCGAGGCUUUUUCCGCGGUCUGCCGCCCGGGCUGGCGGGGAUCAUCCCCGCGCGCUCGACCUACUUCUUCGCGUACUCCAGGAGCAAGGAUUUCUGGACGAACAACGCUCGCCUGGGAGACCGGCAUCGGGACCUCACGGAGGUUCUUUGCGGGGUUACGGCGGGCGUGGUGCAGAAUACCAUCACAAACCCGAUCUGGAUGGUCAAGACCCGAAUGCAGUCCAUGGCAGGCUCUGCCACAGCCCCUUCAAAUAGUUUGAGGGCCAUCAUCGUCCGCACAUGCCUUGGGACCCUUGGGUUUAUAGAUUGCCACCCGUUGCCUGUCGUGUGGACGUUGUUGACCCGCCUCGCCCGAGGACAGCUCCUGGCGGACACGGCUACUGGCCAGGUAGCCUACGGAGGUUACAAGGAGGCGAUUGGGGCUAUCUACAGGGACGAGGGGGUAAGGGGGUUCUACAAGGGCAUGUCGGCGUCCUACUGGGGGUGCAGCGAGGGGUGCCUGUACUUCGUGCUCUACGAGCGAAUUAAGAGACGCUUGCGCCGGCACCAGAACGAGGAGCGAGCGGAGAAGGGCCUUCCGCCGACGGACUCGCUGCCUCCGGCCUACCUGUUCGCGUCCUCGGCGUUCUCCAAGAUGUGCGCCACGAUCGCCACCUACCCGCACGAGGUCAUGCGCACCAGGCUAAGGGAGCAGGCACGAAAUGGGGUGUACAAGUACACGGGAAUGUGGCAAUCUUUGGUCCUAGUAGCGAAGGAGGAGGGGAGGAGAGGCCUUUACGCGGGCAUGGGAACGCACGUCGCCAGAGUGGUGCCGAACAUGGCCAUUAUGAUGUUGUCGUAUGAGUUGAUCUCGGACUGGUUGCGACGGCGAGACGAGAAGAACGCGCAGGGCUUGAACAACCUCCUCAAGAGCCCGGCGGCAUGACACCGCCCGUUGGGUUGUAGUAUCGUUAGGGUCUGGGUAUGCCGUAGACGCGACAUCGAAGCAAGUUUGUAUGUUGAUCGCGUUAGUUAUUGGACUGAUUGAUAGCAUGGCCAAGCUGCUUGAGCUUGAUAUUUUGGAUCGGCAACGUCAACCUGGCAUUUUGAGAGUGUAGACCAUCAGCUUGGUAGCUCGCCGUUUUUUUUAGGCAUGUCUAACCGGCUGCCCUACGAGUCAAUGAUUUCGAACAAUUGAAGGGCGAAUUUUUUAAUGUUUUUUUUUGCUGUGUUCGCGCGUGU